CACUUUUGGAUUUGCUCUACUGCACCGAAGUAUUUCUAUGGGAUCAUGCCAUUGUCCCGAUUGGUUUCCUCGUGCUGACCCUUGUUGGACGCACAUGCCCAGCUUGCCUGUUUCGGGAUAGAUAGGACGAACUGUGCUCAUUGGGUGGAAGGUUCGGUGCUGCUCAGGGUUCGCUGGGAUUUUUGAUUCUGAGCGUUGGAUUGGAUUGGAUUGGUUUGUUUUGGUUCCGAGUGCAUGGAGAAGCGGUCGCUUGUGUUGGGAUUCGAAUUGGGUUUUUUUAGUUUAAGUCAGGGAAAUUGGUCGCUGUGAUGGUGGUGCUGUAACGGGUUGUGGGGUCUUUUUUUGUUUUUUAUUUGUGUUGUUGUUGUUGUUGUUGUUGUUCUUGUGUGCGUUGGGGAUCAUCCUGCAAUGCGAGGAGCACAGUUUUGUAGUGGGGUCGUGUCUCUGGGAUGUGAGAGAUUGUGCUUGGGUGCGAAUCAGUUUCGGUCUCCUAGUGGUUUGAAUUGGAGGUCUUGUGUGUAAGUGGCGUUGAAAUCCACUACAGGAGGUGAUUCAAAGUUUGUUAUGACUUUGCUUUUGUUCUUGUCGUGAGGUUUUCUGAAGGGUACAAUUUAGGGAAAGGUUCCUUUUUCGCUUUCUUGUUUUGCACUUGAUCCACCAUGACCAGUGGAUUACAAUCCGGUGAUCGAACUUCACACUCGCUCUCAAAGUCUACGUAUGAAAGUAGUCCGCAGGGGGUGGUAUCGGAUUUAGAGAGGACGCCCCUACUUUCUCAUAUUUCCAAGGCUUCGGAACAGUCUGCACAGAGUCGGGAUUAUGGCGCAAUGCAGACCGGGCUGAAGACCAAGCUUUCCGAAUGUGAAAUUCCUAUCUGGCAGAACCAACCAAUGUGGAGUACUGGGCUGUUUGAUUGCUGCGCAGAUGUGCCUAUGUGUUGCGUCACCAUGUUCCUCCCAUGCUUCGCGUUUGGAUGGAACGUCGAGGCUUUAGACGAGAGCAAAGAUUCUUGCUGGACUGCAGCAGCAAUGUGGUGGGUGCUCCAGCACACGAUUGCGCUGGGUUGCUUGUAUUCCUCGUCAUAUCGUGGAAAGCUACGCUCCAAGUAUAAUAUUCCGGAAGAGCCAGUGUCGGAUUGUGUCAUCCACUGCCUGUGCUGGCCAUGUGCAUUUUGCCAGGAACAUCGAGAGAUUCAUUACAGGAGCUUUGGUCCUGAGUCCUGGGGCCAAACUCUUACAGUUGCCCCAGCUCAGCAACAGUUCCAUCCUCCUGAAAGGAAGAAUCCGGAAAAGCUUAGUAAGAAAUCUCGGAAGUCCAAGAAACCUCUCAAUAAAUGAAUCUCCAAUGUUCUACUUCAAUGCUCCUCGCAUGUUGCAAAAUUUGCAGGAUGGCUGUAAUGAGUCUCAGGAAGUUUUGUUCAGCAGGAUCAAAGCGCCCCUUGGGACAAUGAACAUUAUGUAGAAAGAGGUGCUGUGUAUGGUCUAGACUAAUUUAGCAGUAGAUAUGUCCGUGUAAUGGGCAGAAUUCUUCAUCCUCUGUUUUGUAAUAACUAGCACACAUGCACGAGCCGAGGAGAUAUUAGCAUCUUUGAAAUUUUGUGCCAUACUUGGCAUCUAAUUGACUGUGAUAUUUAAUAGAAUACCGCACAUUGUAAUUUAAACACACCUUACAAACUUUGAGCAAUUUGGUAACCUGAGCAUCAUUCAAGGUGAAGCUCAUGUA